AUGUUGACCCAUGUGAGGCGGAACUGUGCCAAGGCGCGCGAGACCGGGCUCGACGUCAAGUUCUUGACCGAACAGAAAGCCAAGGCUGAAAACAAGAGUGGAAAAAGUGUCGUGAUUCCGGACGGUGUAGAAUGUCCAGUCUGUGGCAAAAAAUUUAGAUAUAUUCGCAAGUUGGUGGACCAUCAAGCAACCCAUGGCACGGGAAAGUGGACCUGUGAAAUUUGUGGGGUUGGAUUUCGACACAAGGGAACCGUGGAAACCCAUCGGAGAGAAUUUCACCCGGAAGUGUUGCCCGUCGAGUGUCCCGAUUGUGGGAAACGAUAUAGGCUCGAGUAUGUCAUGAGAAAACAUCGAAGACUUGUUCAUGGGGUGAAAGAUGAGGAAAGGAAGUUGGCUCCGAUUACUACUGGGGAUGAGGGAAAGGGGGGAGUCCUUUGUGGAACAGUGGUAUGUGAGGAAGUUGAGAUUUUAGUGGAAAGCUGUAACGACUAUGAUGUGAAAGAUAUGGACCCAUUAAAAUUUUAG